GCUUAAAAUUUCGAAAUAUAACAACAAAUAACGAAGACUAAUUAUUAAGGUCUUUCUAAUUAAACAGCCAAAAAACUAUUUUGAAUUUUCUUCGAACAAUUUCGACAUUGACGUAGGUUAAUGGGAUUAUUUUGUUAUAGAUUUUCGAAAUGUUUUCCAGACAUAUUUCUGCAGUUGUUGGUAUUUCAAGUUUUUGUCUUGGAAUAUGGAUGGAUAGAAAAUAUAGGGAAUUAAAUGCGUUGCAUAGUAUACCAGGAUUUAAAAUAUUUGAUGCAGUGUACGCUGAUGGCCUUGUGGCCAAUAAUCAGGAACUAAUUGUUAAUAACGAACAGCGAAUAUCUCAGAUCAUGAAAUAUGGAUUUCCGAGUUUGGAUAAUGUACGUUCGUAUAAGAAUUUUGUUCUUUCUUAUGAUCAAAGGAAUCGUAUACCCCAUUGGGUUCUAGAACAUCUCACACCAGAAAGCGUACAAUAUAAUCCUAAUGUAGAUAGAUCGUCAUGUGAAUUUUAUGAAGAUAACUCAUUUCAUGAGUUUUUUCGAGCUACAAAUAAAGAUUAUAAAAAUAGUGGUUUUGACCGUGGGCAUUUAGCAGCAGCUGGAAAUCAUAAAUCAAGUCUAGAGUUAAUAAAACAAACAUUUGUCUUGUCAAAUAUUGCUCCACAAGUUGGUAAAGGAUUCAACCGUUCAGCGUGGAAUAAUUUAGAAAAAUAUGUUAGAAAAAAAGCAAAACAUAAUAAAAAUGUUUAUAUUUGUUCAGGUCCACUUUUCUUGCCUAAAAAAGGAGAGGAUGGAAAAUUAUGGAUCAAAUAUCAAGUAAUUGGUGACAACCACGUUGCUGUACCUACUCAUUUUUAUAAAAUUGUUGUGACUGAAAGUACAGAAUCUAAAUUUUAUUUAGAAUGUUAUUUAAUGCCAAAUCAAGUGAUUCCUGACGACAUACCGUUAAAAGACUUUCAAAUGCCUUUGGAAGUAAUUGAACGUGCAUCAGGAUUACAAUUUUUUAAGCGUUUGACCCUUGAUAAAUUUACAAAACUUAAUUAAUUAUUAGAAUCAACAUCACUUAGUAUUUAACACUUAAAAUUAUGUGUGGCUUAAAUAUAGUAAUUGUAUGAAUCAUAAUAAAAUUAUAUUUUUACCUAUUUUUCUUCUAUGAGUUUCUAUCCACUUCAAAAGUUAGAUAUUAAAUUAGCAAUGACUUUCCUGUCAAGUGAUGCCCAAAAUAAAUUUUUUGUUUACUACUAAGUACUAAUUAUAAUUUUAUACCCUGUUGUAACCUCUAAAAUAACUUGAAAACAAAACAACUUUUUUUUGUACAGAUCUAGUUGUCGCCCUCCAAGAAAGUAUCGUCCCACCACUCAGGUUUAGUUGACGCUUGCGACUUAUACCUCUUGUAUUUUCAAUGUUCCAAUCAUUUUUUAUAAAAUGUUUAUACUACAAAUAAAAAAGGUACGAUAACUAUAA